AUGGAAAAUACUCCCCACUUGUAUAUGUUCAAUGAGGAUCAGGAGCCUGUCACGGUUGAGCAUGAAUCUUUGGAUUUUACAAUGUCUUUAAAUGUUACUCCGUUCCUGGGAUUUUCUAAGGAAGAACAGGACGUGAGAAAUCCGCCCGAAUUACCGAGAGACACGCAAAAUACGGGACGGAGACAUGGUGCCCAACGAAACUAUGUUCAAAAGACUCUUAAGUUGAAACCUGAGAAAUGGAGUCGUAUGUUGGCAACAGAAGAAAAUAAAUCUGUAGUAAAAAAAUUCCUGGAAAGACCUGUACCCUCGCUUCUUGUUAUAGUAUUGACGCAUACAGCGCAAUUAGUUGCAUCGAACACAUUUCCAGUCGUUCAGUUGAAAACCAAAGGUGUCUAUUUUAUAAAGAAAGAAUUCGCCCCUGUGAACAAGUCCUCGCCAUCUGAAAGUAUUAUAACUGGAGAUCUAUCAGCAAAAAUUAUCGAUCAGUUAUCUUCACUUGUGGAUGAAAUAUUAGUUCCUCUCGUCUCAAACUCUGCGAAUUGCGUCCAGUGGCCUGCAGUUGUUUCAAAAGAUGUUCACAAACAUAUGCAUAGUUUAAAAAGCACCGUCUAUCAGGUAAAAGGUCAAGUGAACGGUCAUACGGUUUUACCCAUGCCAGUGGGAGUUGACAAAGUCUUUGAGGUCGAAAAAAUCUUGAUGCAGAGCAACGGGGAAGUAUGCGAUUUGUAUUUAAAAAGUGCGAUUGAAGGCAUCGUUAUUAAAUGGUCCGCACAAAUAAGCGAUGUUUUAGCUAAUGACCGGUCGGAAAAAAAUUCUAGUAAUUUGAAUCCUAUCCCUUCUGUAGAAUUGCAAUUUUGGAAUUUGCGGCUAAGGAAUCUACAACAAAUAUACGAACAACUAAGAGAACCGAGGGUAAAGAGCAUGGCGGUGGUUCUUGAAAAAACAAAUAGUGCCUAUUAUAGCUGUUUCAAGGACAUAUUUAAAAAUAUAGUUAUUGCUUUAGCAGAAGCCAAAAGCAUCUGUCUGUAUUUAACACCACUGAAGAAACACAUUCAACUAUUAGAAGAAACUGACUUUAGCGAAUGUACUCCUCUUUUAGCUCCAGUAAUGCAUGUCAUUUGUUUAAUUUGGUGCAACUGUAAAGCAUUUGAUCAAGUUAAAUUGAUUACUAUAUUAAAGCAGAUUUGUAAUCUACUCAUCUUAGAGGCCAAGCGGUUUCUGGAUCCUACUACACUCUUCCAUAGCGACAUUGACGAAGCGAUGCAAAGAGUUAGCUUAUGCAUAAAAACUUUGAAACACUUUAAUUUCGUUUUUACUGUCUACAAAAAUAAUUUGAAAAGGUUUUUCCAAAAUGAAACACCGGAUAACUGGAAUUUUCAUCCCAUAAUGAUAUUUGGCAGGCUCAUAGCCUUCUUGGAGAGACUAGAAACAAUUCAAUGGUUCUUUAACACUGUGCUAGAGUUUAGUAAACUUCAAAAAGUUGAGAUAGGUGGCAUUAAAGGCAGAUUAUUAAGCGCUAGAAUCGUCAUGGUAUUCGAGGAAUUUCAGCAAUGCUUCUCUUCAUUUUCAGGGAUGUCUUAUGACGUACUUGAUCCAGAUGAUUCGUCUUUUAAUGUAGAAUUCGAGCACUUUAAACAAAAGGUGACGGAAAUGGACAUAAAAUUAGCAGCUAUUUUAUGUCAAGCGUUUGAGGAUUGUACUAAUUUGGAAAGUAUUUUUAAGCUGAUAAAUAUAGUCGGUUCGACUCUAGAAAGACCAGUCAUUAAGGCGCAGUUUACCAAUCAGUAUGAAAAGAUUUUGCAUAUUUUGGAAAAUGAGUUGAAAAUUUGUCAGUCCAAGAACUCGUCUACAAUAAUGAGCGCGGCAAAGUUCCGGAAAGAUAAAAAAUACUGA